UUAUCGAAUGGUUGAUCAAAUAAGGAACAACAUGAUUAUUCUGAGUAAGAAGUAUGCUCGCCUGGACCACGAAAAUUUCAACCAAGUGUACCAGGAACAUUUCAAUGAGUGUGUUCCGUACCAACAAGCCGGAUUCAGAUCGCUUCUUGAUAUGUUCAACAGAGGACAAGUAGCCAAGGGUGCGUUCGGGUACUACAAGGAUACCAAUGGCGAGCCAUAUAACUUCGUGCUGACUAGUAUCCAAUACUCUGAAGAAGAUGCUCAGUCUCCUAUUUUGCUGCAAAGCUCCUCGCUUCUCGAACAGCAGCGACACGAAGGUGCUGGCGUUCCUCAUCUACCUGGAUCAGAACUGAAACUGAUGAGUAUUCAUGGUGUCACUUACCUGCCACAACAGUAUUCAAUCUAUAUUGAAGAGCACAAGCGACUCACCAAAAACAAUCUUCGACAACGCGUCCUAGUUUGCGCCAAAUACAACAGGAUACCAUACAUGCCACAGUCAAACCAUUUAGUUAAUGUAACAACUGCUAAUGACGUCACUAGCUUCAGUGCUCGAUUAAAGGGAGAUUUCUACUCUAGUUGGUUCCUGGAAUUACAAGAUCAUUUGAAAACCUUCUAUUACACGACAAAGAAUAAGCAGAAGUAUUCAAUUUAUAAUUAUCCUGGGUUUCUGAAGCAGGGCCAGGCUUGUGUCGUAACUCUUAAUGGCAAUAUAUACUGCCGUGCAGCGAUUCUCAAAAUGGAGAAUUACGAGGAAUCUUCAGAGAUACAAUGCGUGCUCGUUGACUUCGGAGUUGUUCACUCGAUCUCCAAAGCAAGAAUAUUUAUUAUCGACCAAGUAUUCAUGCAACCUCCUAUGCAGGCAAUAGAAAUGCGACUUUAUGGGCUUUCACCUCCAUCUGGGCAUCGCCAAUUUUGCCCUGAAGCUGUAAAGCUCAUAAUGAGUAACAUAUCUGCGAAAAGUGUGGAUGAUCAGUACAGUACUGAGUGCCAAAUCGUCCGAUUUUCACCACAAUCUUUAGCAGUGGACUUGCGGCACAAAGGAAGCCCACUCACUGUGGCGGAAUCGCUUCUAAAGGCCCAAUUUGCAGUCAAGAAUGAAGUCAAUGAGCAGCAGUCGCCUAAUGUGCAAUCUCUGCAGUUUUUCCCGCCUUGCAAGGUGUACGCAGACAUGAUGGCGCUGGACGUCCGAUACGAAUAA